CUUCAUUUCGCCUGUUAACAAGCCUCAACGUCUUUCUGGACUGAUUUCAAACCAUGUGGCUUCAUUUUUUCAUGCUGGCCAUUGUAGCAGUAGAGGGAGUCCGAUAUCACAGCAAUAGGGGACGUUUCAGAGGGCGUAUAACAUCUACAAGAGAGGUUCCAUCAGAGGGGGUUGGAAUCCCCGGCCAAGGGGCAGCAGUCCCAGAUGGAGGGGGAGAGGUGGGCCAAGAUUCUGAAUUAACUAUUUCUGGCACUGGGACAAUAAAAAAAAACGGCGCAACCAGAUUAAAUCUACAAGUUGACAUCGAGGGACCGGUAGGACAAAUUGGUGGGAUGGGAACAGGAGCUGGAGGACCCGAUGAGGGGAUGGCAGGAGGGGUAGGACCCGCAGGAGGAGGUCCGGCGGAAGAGGUGGGUAGCCAACAGAAACCUUAUGGAUUAUUAGGCCUGGCAGCGAAAGUUGGAAGCAUAGCUUUGAAGGGAACAAAGGUAGGAAAGGUAGCAGGUAAGGUGGUUGGCACAGCAAGUAAGGCAAUUGGCUUAUCUGGUAAGAGUAAAAGCAGCAAAGGUGUAGGAAGCCUUGCAGGUGGCCUCGGAGGAGGCGCAGUCAGUCCAGUAGGAGGGUUAGGAGGCCCAGUAGGAGGACUAGCGCCCCCAGUUGGAGGCGCAGUUAGCCCAGCAGGAGGGCUAGGAGGUGCAGCAGGUGGUAUAGGAGCCCCAGUGGGAGGCGCAGCAGGAGGUAUAGGAGCCCCAGUGGGAGGAGUAGGUGGCCCAGUAGGAGGAUUAGCGCCCCCAGUUGGAGGCGCAGUUAGCCCAGCAGAAGGGCUAGGAGGUGCAGCAGGUGGUAUAGGAGCCCCAGUGGGAGGCGCAGCAGGAGGUCUAGGAGCCCCAGUGGGAGGCGAAGGUGGCCCAGUAGGAGAAGUAGGAGGCUCGGAAGGAGGAUUUGGAGCAGGUAUACCUGCUCCUCCAGAAGGUCCAGUAGAAGGAGUAGGUGGCCAGGAGGGAGGGGCUCUUCCCGCAGAGGGAUCAGAAGGUCUAGGAGGAGAGGGAGCAGCUGGUGCCGCACUAGAGCCAACUACCUCUCCCACAAUGGGAGGCACGGUGGGGACUGAAAGUCUGGGAGAUGGGAGGCAACAGCCAAUUGGAUGGAAAGUUCCUCCGCCCAGGGAUGGCUUGAACGCUAAACAUACUGGGUUUAAGAAGCCACGAGGCGAAGACCUCGGGCUGUUAAACAGCAAAAAGAAAGGUCAUAUUUCUCAUCACAAACAUGGUUAAUUCCUUUUUGAGC